CGGGGGCGACAAGAUCCACUGUCUACCUCCCUUCUCUCUCCCAUUCUUCCCGCCCAACCGUACCACCGUCCCUCCACCCCUGGGUCCCCUCUUUACCCACACACGACGGCAUUACACCUCCGAUGCAGAGACAGAGACAGCGACAGGGGCAGGGGAGUGACGACGGCGACGAUGCCCGGCGAAACGAGCGAUGGAGGAGGGGAAGACAUCAACGGCGGACAAGGCCGCCAUAUUGAAUCACUCUCGUUAAUUUUUGCGCAGAGGCGGUGUGAAUUUUUUCUCCUUGCGCGGAAGGUAGCAGCUCAAGGUUGGUGUCUGGGAUUCGCGUAUCGUCAUGAACGUUUUCGCGGUUACUGCUGGCACGCGUCAUCCCCUGUCCAUUUAAUCAGACUCUCUUCCUCUCUUUCUCUGUGUAUACGUACAUAUUUUGUUUUCGUGUUUGUUACAACACGGAGCUGGUUCAGCCACAGUUUAGAGGAAGCCGCGAGGGACAUGGUUGAAACAAUGCGCGGGUACGCCAGACGAAAAAGAUUCACGAAAACAUGCGGAAAUCGCGCGUGUAUGAUCGCGAGGCGGUGAAGUGUGCUCGUGAUAGGGAGGAACACUCAAGAGAAGUGAAGUGUAUGCGUACACUGACUGCGGUAUGUCGUGUGCGCCAUGUCAUUGUACGUAAGCGAUAGUAUAGAGUAAUAUAUCGUAGUGGAGUGGAGUGAAGUGGAGUGGAAAGCGACCAGACCGCCUUGCCUGCCUAACUGUCUACCUAACAGCGUGCCUCUCUACCUGCUGCUUCUCCUGGUUGUCGUCUUUGCCUGCCGCCUAUCUACACUAGCCUCUACCUGUCUGAUUGUGCCCCAUUUGUACGUCCGUUUUAUGUCCAAGAGUCGACUGACUUUGCAUGUCAAGUCGAUUUACACAAAUUCGGAUCAACCUUUUCAUUGACCUCCUCUCAGUACAGGGCACCCUUCUCCCCCUUCCACAGUCUUGUACCGCUACGCUUAGCUGCCAUUGUGCCGAGACGCCACUUCCGAAGCAUCAAAUUCAAUUCUUCGAUUUUCGUCACCGCCAUCAAAUUCUUCCUUCCGAGAUACAAGUUUUCGGUAAAGAAAGAUUGAAAAGAAAGGGGACGCAGAAUAUAGGACUGCCGGCAGCCUCAGCAAAGCGCGCCAAUAUCCUCGUGCACGAUCUCGAACCACCGAUAUAUUUCCUUCUUUGAACGUCUUUGAAUACCACGAGAGGUUAGGUUAGGACAUUUGCUUCCGUGGAUAUCGGCCGAUCGUCUUGCAAACUGAACACGAUCUUUUUAUCAACUAUUUUAAGUACCGCGAAGUUAAUCGCGUUACCGGUGGUGUUCUACUGUGGUGUUGUGAUUGCGUCCUUUGCAAGCGGAGACGCAACUUGCCUUUGAAAUAAAAAGAGGGAAGAGCAGAGAACCACGAUGCUCCGGUGCAUAUAGGAAUGCUCGAACGGAAAUUUUUGAGUUGCUGAAUUUAAAAGAAUGGAAGCCAUGGAUUUGGACGGGGAUGCGGUUGUUGACUUGAGUGUUAGCAGCAGUAGCAGGAGAAAUUCUCCAUCGAUAACUGUUAACUCUGGUGACGUUGGAGUUCCAUUAGAUUUAGGUGUUCACUUUUCUUCAAGUCCUAAUGUGGACAACAACAUGCCAGAAGCACGUAAUAUUCAGAAUGCAGCAAGAGGCAUUUUGGCUCCCAAGUCUGGAGAUGAUAGGAAAACUCGUCGUAAUCUUAGACCUAGAAUUGAAAUAAGUUAUGCAGAAACUCCUGAUGAACGUAGAAUAAAUGGUUAUGUGAAUGGAAAUGCAGACAGCGAUGAAGGUGAUAUGCCUCCUUUGCCACCAAUAAAAGAAUUAUCAUCGGAUGAGUUGGCUGAACGUGAGAGAACACUUAGAAAAUUAAGGGAGGAACUUAGAUCUGAGGAAAUGAAAUUGGUAUUACUGAAGAAAUUAAGGCAAUCUCAGCAAUUGAAAGAAAACAUUGCUGCUGUCCCUAAAGUACCAAGUAAAUUACCCCCACCAGUUACAGUACAACCAACUCCGCAUAGUAACGUACCUGUUUCCAGUCAUAGGACAGGCAAGGCACCACCACCUUUGCUUAGAGGACAACCUGCACCCAGUAGAAGCAGUAGUUUACAUGCACCACCACCUGGAAUGUUAUUACCUCCCACAGUUGGACGAAGUUCUACUUCUAGUACUGGAAUGCCACCUAACAUGGUCAUACCACAACCACCUCAUCCUAGAGGCAGGCCACCUAGUGCGACACCAAAUGUAUCAAAUUAUCAUGCACCUGCAGACAGAACUGAGAGGUCCACGAAAGAUCCAACACCCACUCCAGCACAUCAAGUAAGUAAGCUGCUUGUUGGACCUCAAGAAAAUAAAACCACCGCAUCCUUAAGCACACCUGUGAUUUCAGAGCAGGAAAGACCAAGGGAUGAUAAUCAGACACCUGCACAACGUCAGGCAGCUGCUAAAUUGGCUUUAAGAAAACAACUCGAAAAGACCUUGUUACAAAUACCGCCUCCGAAACCACCGCCACCGGAGAUGCACUUCGUGCCAAAUCCGUCUAAUACGGAAUUUAUAUACUUGGUGGGUCUGGAGCAUGUAGUUGAUUUUAUCACUAAAGAACCAGCUAUUCCACCACCUCCGGAACCAUUUGAGUGUACUCAAUGUAAAACGGAUUUCACACCAGUGUGGAAAUGGGAAAAGCCUGUGACUGGUGGUAAAAAGGAAGGUCCAAGAGGGCAACAUGCAACUUUCCAAAGACCUCCAGCAGGUCGUGAUCCUCGAGUUAUAUGCGAACAUUGUGUAACGACCAAUGUUAAAAAGGCUCUUAAAGCAGAGCAUACUAAUCGGUUAAAAACAGCAUUUGUAAAAGCACUGCAGCAGGAACAAGAAAUAGAGCAAAGGUUGGCGCAAGCAGCGUGCCCUAGCCCAGACCCACCAGCUCCUAAACCAGUUCCUAAAGCAGCUACUCCUACGAGAAGAGUAGCAACACCACCAGCCCCUCCACCACAAGUUCCACCCACACCAACAUUAGCGCCAACUCCACCAGCACCCAAGUUACAAGAGCAUCCUCUUGUUAAAUUGGCAGAAAGCGGAAAAUUCAGCCCACAUCACGCUGCUGCGGCUGCUUUACAACAACAGUUGCUCAGAGAACUGGCAAAAAAUCCAGUACCAGGCCUGCCACCUCAUCAACCUCUUCCUGCUCACAUGAUGCCACCAUUUACCUCGAUAUUAUAUCCCUACCAAAUAGCGAUGGCGCAAGCUGGCGGAAAAGGUCUCGCAGAAUUACAACGACAAGCGGCAGACUUGCAACGCCAAUAUUUGCUUGAUAUGAUUCCAUCACAAGCAUCUCAAGCACAGGGCAACCAGGCACCACCUCGAGCCCAUCCACAUAAUUGGAAAACGUAACCGGACGCAUUUAAAGAUCGACCAUUAAACGCAAAUAAAUGAAACUGUGCAGAACUGUGUUAGAGAAUAUUGAGAAUUAAGGAUACUCGUAUUCUUUUUCCAUGAUAAUGUACUAAAUGGAAAUUUUUCAAUGGAGUGUGAUUGUUACACUUUCAUGACAGUUCUAGAAUAAUGUACCGAUCUGUGUAUGAUUGGUAUCUUUAUUUACAAUAUGAAGCUCAAACUUGGAACAAUGGAACAAGACACUUCCUGUAUUAUUGUGAAAAUGGAAGAAUUUUAACCAUCAUUUUGUGGAUAUGCAUUGAUGUGUGAGUGUGAGUUUUGAUUGUUACCCGGAAGGUUCGAUGUUUUGUCGUCUCGAACAAAUCUAAACUUUCAGUUAAUAAUACACAAAUGAUAAUUAGCGUAAUUUCCUUGAUGAUUUUCAAAAGGAGAGAGAGAAUUAAAUGUUCACGUUUAACUCAAAGGCCAACAAUUAAAAAAUUCUCUAAUUGGUUUCUUUUAAGAGCAAUAUCUAUUCUUUUGUUUUUUGUGUUACAUUAUGUUGGUACUAACAAUAUUACAAAAGAAUAAUAGGUGAAUGUCAAUCAAUUGGAGUAAGUGCAUAAUAACUUGGACGCACAUAAAUGAAUAUAAUUGCUUCAAUUAUUACAUUAUAUAUAUUGUAUCUACAUAAAGAACCAAGUGGACAUUUAUAAGGCACUAAAGACAGUACUAAGUGUUACAUGAUCAUAGAAGAAAUUUGUUGAUCCACAAUAGUAGACAUAAUCGGAGAGGAAGAGAGCGAACGAACGAGCGAGAGAGGGAAAGAAAGAAAGUGGGACUGAGAAAGUGAACACGUAUAAGUACGUGAGGUAAAGUAAAAUUGAGAAGAAAAUGGGAUCUUUUUUAGACCCUUGAUAUAUUAUGGUUAAGCCAACCUUUGUCGCUGGUUUGAAUAAUUUUUUUAACCAUCAGCGGUACCUGUGCUAUGUGUAUAUCUCUUUAUUUUCUUCAAACUGUGAGUAUUUUUAAGACAAUUAUAAUAAUUGCGAAAGAAACAAGUGCGAGAGCAAGAGCGAAUGAGAGAGAAAGCUGUAGAUUACUGAUGAGAGAAAACGAAAAAGAAACAAGCGAUCUUUAUAAAAAAAAUGUGUGUCACUGAUAUAGUGAAAAAAACGAAUGUGGGUGUGAUAGAUAUGUUUUCCGUUUUUUUCUUUUUUUUUUAUUUUUCUUUUUUUGUCGUUAUUACGGAAGAACAGAGAAUGAGUAUUCAACAUGUUUAAAAGAAUAGAUAGAGUGACACGAGUGUCAUUCGCGCACAAAUCGUAGGAAUUUCGUGAUAAGACAUUUUCGGGCUCAUUUUGAUGCAAGGUGCAUUUAAAAAAGGAAAAGUAAAAAAGUAAAAAAAAAAAAACGUGGAACGAAAAAGAAUAUAUAAAAAAUGGAGAAAAGAAAGAAAGAAAAUCUAUCGAUUAAGAUGUAAAUUACUAAUGAUAGCGCGAUUGAUUUCAUGUGUCACGUUGAUGUAAAAGUAUUUAAUGAAUUUAAACAGAUCGUAUGUAUCCGAAGUUUUUCCUGAAGGAAGAAACAAAAAGCGAUUUAUGUGGCAGAUCGCCGAAUUUUUAUGAAAUCCUCUCUUCUGAAAAAAAGAACAAAACGAAAAAAAAAGUUUAUCUGCACAUUAAAAGGAGAAAAGAAAAAAGAAAGAAAGAACGAGUUUAACAAAGCAAAAUCUCUCCGGCACACAUCCCAAGCAAUACUUAUUACCACUUCCACUUUUAAAUAAUCUGAUUUUUCAUUGAUUACCGGCUAAUUAACCGAUCUUGGUCACAAUUUCCGAAUCACUAAAUAUAUAGUUAACUGUAGUCUUGAUAUUUCUCGGUAUAUGAUACAAGUUAAUAAACUAAAAAUAGCAUAAUCAAUCUCUCUUUGUACUACGUGAUAGAUUUUGAACUCAUACUUGAUAUACAUGUACACCGUAAUAAGUCUAUCGAUCGCAUAAUAGAUCAAGAUCUGUGUUUUUUGUGUAAGAAGAAUCGAAGUAAUGUCAUUGUUGUCAAUUGUCAUUUUUGCCAGGACGCUACCGCUGUCAUCCUCUUGAUCGUAAACAAAAGAAAAAAUAGGCAAAAAAAAAAUGAAAAAGAAA